GUUAUAAAGCUGAAGAUAUCAGUGAAUGCUUAUAUAAAAUUCGUGAUAAUAGUGUUAGACCAAGACAUUUCCUUAACGUAGACAAUGAGGAUGAAAUAGAAGCCAUACUUUCAGAUCGUGAAGGCUAUUCUUUACAUAAAUAUAUUAAUGGUGAUGAGCCACUCUGGCCUAUCAUAGAUUUUGAUUUGCUAAUAGAAAUGCUAAAUGCUAUUUCAUCUAAGCUAUCAGACAAACAGGCUAAAAACACAUUUUGCAAUGCUUUUAGAGAU